AGUCAGUAGUUGUCAACUUCUCAACUAAGUUUCCUUCUUUGUCAAUUACAACCUACAAAUUAUUGUUAAUAAUAUUUAUUUAUUUUGACUAUAUUAAUUUCCAUGUUACAAGUUUUAAAUACAAUUAAAAAAUGGUCAGAUCAGUAUACUCUCCAGAAUAUUGUCUUCAAUAUUUAGAGCAGUAUGCGUCGCAGGAAAUUUUUGUUAUAGGCUUAAUAUUGGGACAGACUACAGAGUCACGAGAAAAUGUAAUCCACUUGGCUCGAACACCAGAGGAAAAAAGUUCUGACAGUACAUCAGAAACCAGUUCUGUAUCUGAUAAGGCUGAGUCUGUGAGGAAUCUGCUGGGUGUUUCAGAAGCAUGGGUAGCUGAUCAUGCUAAACACGUAACUAGAAUGCUGCCUGGUGGCAUGUUUGUUCAAGGUGUAUUCAUUACAAGUGAUGAAGAUAUUUUUGAAGAUCCCAAUUAUUUCAGUAAAGUGCACUCAAUUUUGAAUUACACAUACAAGGCUUUGAAUACCAAUGAACAUAUGUAUGGAAAUUGCCCAUACAAAAAUGAGCGCCUCAUUUUACAUAUGUCUACAAAUACUAAGGUUCUGACCUGUAAGAAUGUAGAAGUGGGUUCUAAUAUCAAGAACACAGUUAUAAAACCUGUAGAUUGGAAAUUUUUGUCAAAACCACCACAAUGGCAGAGACUGGAUUGUUAUUAUGAAUUUGAUGAAGUGUAUCCUGUGAUAGUAAAGAAAAGUGGUAUAUCAGUUAAACAUCAAUUUCAACAAAUCCUGGAAUCAGCACAUAAGACAAUAGAAUCCAGUGUAAUGUUUAUUGAUGGAGAAUUAAGAGAUGGUUCUGAAGCAUUAGAGCAGCUCACAAAGAAGAAAAAACCCAAAAACAGUAACAAAACUACACAAGAUACAGCAAAAUCCAUGCAUGUAUCAUUAUUUGUGCCUUUUGAAAAUUCUUUGCCAGAAACAGUUGAAUAUCUCGAAUGUGAUGGUAGUAUACAUUUUAGUGGUGUAGUAUCUUCCAGCGUGUUUAUGUGUACAAAAGCAACAGUCAGUGAAGCUAUUGCAGCUGUGAAACAGGACAUAGUCAGAUCACUUGCAUCACGAUUCACUAUGCACUGUGAUGCACUGAUUGAUGAUAAUCUACUUCCAGAAGAGAAAGUAUGUUUCAAUGAACCUCCACGUCGCGUCCUAGUGCCGGUUGGUACAAUUUACCUCUGUGACUACCUGUUCCCUGGCGAAGCACCAGCUGAGGCACUACUCUCUGUUCGAGAGUUACUUGACCUCCAGAUUACAGAAACUGAUGUUAUUUGUGAUGUGGAAACACCAGCAGAUACUUCAGAGUUCGAUGCACUAGACAGAGAUGCCAGUAGCGAGGAACUUUUGGCCACACCACAGGAGGCUAGCCAGUUCAUGUACAUCACAGGAAUCUGUUUUGCUAUGUUUGUUCUUAUUGUAUCAAUUAUUAUUCACUACUAUGACUCAAUCUUGCAGGUUCUCAGCAAACUUGUUUCAAAGUCUUAAGACUGGUUGUAGAUAAACGGAUCAGAAAAAAAAAUGAUAGCGCGUGCUUUAUUGUGUCCCUUUAUGAGUACGCGAAAUACAAAGCUCAAUUUAUGUUGGUCAUGUUUUGAUCAAAUUGUUUCUUAUUCUAUUUCGAUGUAUUAUUACUACGUAGUAAUAGCUUACUUACCAGUCAAGUAUACGCCACUGAGCGACUCCACUUUAUUGAU